GUCCAGGCAUGCAACGCCUACGCCACCAUCCCGGCAGAACCCGCCGAAGCCGGCGGCACUGCCAGGGGUACGGCCGCCUUCUUCCCAAGGCUCGCGCGGCGGAAUGCAGGGACAGGGACAGCUACUGCUGAGCAAGUCCGGCCAGCUUCGGCGGACCGCCACUGGCGGAGGACUCAUCGGGCCCGAGUCUCCCAAUGCCCUGCAUGUGCCGGGCGCACCAGGAGGGCUCAAGACACACAGCGAAGAAUCUCCGCCACCCACGCGGCCAGGCACUGCUGCAUCCCUGGCGUCUGUGCAGCAUGCAUACCGCCGAGAUCCGCAGCGCUACAGGGUGGAGCUUCCAGGGCAGAUGCCGGAGAUCGCCACCCCCGAUCCGUCGCCGCCAGCAACGCAGCCUGCAGCGCUGGCUUUGCGUGUCAGACCGGGAACCGGCGCCCACGGCCACGGUCAAUGGCGCGUGUUGCCUACGGCCAAGGCUACAAAUGCCCGGCCAACCAGCUCUGGUGGUGACCCGGCGCUGCAGCCACUCUCGUUGUCGCUGACGCUUAAGAGCGGAAGCAGCAACCGAAGGACGCUGACAUCUGCAGGUGGACCACGGCCGGAAACCUCUGAGAAGGCCAAAUCCAAAGCCGGUUUCAAAGGAUUCAGGGUGUGGAUGUCAUACAGUUCCUGGUCGCAUAGCCGUGAGCCGGGCUUUAAGUGCCCUUGCUUCUUGAACGUAAAAUCGUCUUCAUACUGCUGGUACAAGCAUCUUGGCUUUCUCCGCUGGUGCACAGGCUUUAUAUAG